AUGGCUCCGGCUGGAGACUCCGCCUACUUUCCUCCUCUGGAUAAAUGCUUGACCGGAGACCAGAAGCUCUUGACAUGGAGCCAAGUCUAUGUCGCCCUCUGCGAUGUCGAGGCCGCGCUCCAGAGCUCCGUUCUGCCACACUUCCUGUCCGAUGAGACGAGCACCGCGAUCCUGGGCCGGCCUCUAGAGCCAUUCCCGACCGCUACUCCUCAGUCAAAGACAGAUUUCGAGGCCAGGACAGCGGCGAUUCAUGUCACGCCUUCGAGCAACGGCCACUACAACAUCGAUGAGAUCAAGGAAGAUGCGCUCUGGCUUUCGAAGGAGACAAACACGGAUGAGGUCUCUGCGCUCAGGAUCGUUAUCGUCGAAUGGCAAACGCGGCCGGCGACUCAAUUGCUCAGCGGUCUUACGGAAGAGGAGACGCUUAGCGUUCGAGAUGCGGCGGGCGGCGCUAGCUUCGGUGCUUCGAUGUCAUUCUUGAACUCCUCUGUCCUCGUUGCACCGGUUGGCGCGUCCAGAUCAGACUUGGCGAGCCUCUCUUCUCCGGAACAGCGACGCGCGCGGCUGCUGGAAGUAUAUCUCUCCGAGAGGUCACACAUCCUCAGGGUCAGCGAGAUCUUGGUUCGGCAGAGCAUAGACGCGGACCGUGUCACAAAAUCGGACGCCGACAAAGGAAAAAAAAAGGACCCUGGCACUUGGUUGGAAGAUCUGGGACGCAAAAUCACGACUUCUCAGUCAGCCGGAAAAGACUUCAGCUUUGCGUCCCAGUGUAUCGAGGCUUUUCGGAGCCGCUUAGCUGGGCUGGAGGCUGGCUGCAAGUGGGACGCAGCAGAGGACAAUCCUGAACUGGGAGCGUUAUGGGGUACUGCGCAGGUCGUGGAACCAAUCCAUAUUCUACAGUUACUGUUUGUCCACCUCGAUUGUGCCCCCGGACUACCACCAUCGCGGAUUGUUCUUGCGUGGUUCAAUCUAGCCGCACAGUAUGCCUUUUUCAGGGAGAUGCAAUUUACAAUUGCGAGCCAGCAAGCCAUGGUCCCGCUAUUCCAGAACAUGGUUGCCAUCAUCUCUCUGAGAAUUCUUCAACUUCCCAAGGCUAUAGAGCUUCUGCUGCCCUCUUCUACACCGAGUAACCCCCCGGCUCCACACGUCGACGCUCGCCCUUACCUUUCUGAUCUGGAGUGCAUCGGAGAAGUGAACACAAUCCUCGUUCAAGCUGCAAUUAGCGAACCAAGCCCGGCAGUUCCCGCUGUUUUUGCUUGGGCUAUCAUUCUUAGACUCCUCAGGGACCUGGUAGGCGAGGAUGAGGGUGACUGGACUGGAGAAGAAUCUCCGUCUGCCUUCUCAAGAAGUGCUUCGCGACCACCGAAUCCCCCUCCCCCGGGAGUUUUUCCCGUCAAAGCAGCAUGGGAGAGGAUGGAGUUGGUUAGAGAGCACAUUCCUGAGGGAGUUGAACUCGCCGCUUUCCUCAUGGGCCAGUCCGCCGACGUAUUCCACGUGUAUGAUGUUGUUGCCAAUCUAGCCACAAACAUGGUGCACAGCUUUGCCGCCAGCAUCGAUCUAAGCUUUCAACGCCGGGCACGUGCGACAUUCCUCGAACUUUUGCGAGCAAGUCUUUCGUACGCUUCUUACGCAGGCGAAGUUGUGGCAUCAUCUAUUGCAGUUCUCUCCGAAGACAGGCGGUAUUGGGACUACCUAGAGAAACCACUCUCGGACACUGCAGAUCCUGUCGUUGGAAUUUUUCUUCACGAUGAGGAGAUCUUGAUACCUUCUCUCCUCGCACAAGCACAACAUCGGUUUCCGUACGAGACCAUGCCCUUCUUGACCUACCUACGUAUAAUCGCCACGUAUGGUGAAAUCGACGACGACGGAGUUUUGCGGGUGACACGCAUGCUCGAGAACAAUCCAGAGUUUACACAGAAGAUGCCACGACACUUCGUGGGCUACGAAACCAUCCGAGAAGAGGAGGAUGCAAACUGGGUAAGCUUGACCCAAGAUCUUCCAGUAUUCGUGUCACAGAGGAGCAGAAUAGCCCUUAGCCCCGUGGGCGUCCAUGACGAAGCCGAGGACUUCAUCAUACCUUGUGGAACUCCUGGAUAUGUCAUGAGCAACACCAAGCCGCCCAUCACCUCCUGGUUGUUCGUUCACUCGAGCUUAAGGUAUCUAUCGCGGCUCCUAACGACUGGCAUCGUUGGGGUUGAUCGGGUAGAAACCGCUACCCAGGCUCGGGUCGGACUGGACACGGCUAGCGACAUAGUCGGGUUAUUUGCAACCUUGCUUACUGCCUCAGUCAAAUCCGCCAGAGCCAGCAACGGUGCCUUCGAGCUGACUGCUGCGGCUCAGCAGAUACUUGAGCAAGCCAGCGAUGAUGUGGGGCACAACCAAGAUAUCGUCACCAUAGUAUCCGAUCUGUUCGAGCAGAGCCUGCAACGACAGCGUCAACAGCCCGGGCUUGGUGAGAACCUCGACCUGGUCGUCAGCUGCGUGCAGUUCAUGCAUGCCUUGACUGCUGUUUUACCCAAUAGGGUGUGGCCUUUGCUUGCUCGCAGCGCGCUACUCGGUAUCGAAGGCAGCGGUGGCAGUUUGCUAGCGAUCGUUGCUGGUACGGAGAUAGUCGCUGGACGAUACGACUUCCUUGUCAGUUGCAUACGUCUUUUCGAGAUCCUUGUUGACAACGCUGUCACCAAAACGGUCGUUCGAAAAGGCUCAAGUCAAGCUUUGACACGUUUUGGCUCUGGCACAAACUCGGGCAGCGGCUCCUCCGAGAGAGUCAUGAGCAGGAUCCUUCUGACGUUUGAGAAAACGCUGAUGGGUGUGUUUGAAAGCUCGCCCGACUGGCGGUUCGUUGUUGUGGAAGAGAAGAUGGAAAUCAGCGCCCGGCUUGCUAGUGCUUUCAACCGCUUACUAAAAUAUGCUUAUGGAUGUGAUGACACGCAGCCGGUGUCUCAGAAACUUGUUGGAGUUUUGGCAUCGCCAGCGGAGUAUCUGGUCGAGUCCUUCCUCUCAGGAUCCUCCAAUGACUUGUCGACCCACCCAAUAGUCAGCAUUCUCGCUGCUGGAAUCUCGACACCGAGAACAACCCUUUUCGCAAAGAAAGUACAACUCUGGACAGUGCAGACUCGUGCGAUCCUAUCUCUUUCGACAAACCUACUACGUGUCAGUGUGUUGCUGGCCCGGAGUAGUUCACGUUUAGAGACUCAGUUGUUCAAGGCAUGUCCGCUGCUAGCUCGUCUGUAUGCGACUCAUGAAUCGUACAGAGCGCCAGUCGUGCGGCUGCUCGAGGCGCUAGUGAAGGCUGCUGGACGGACUGACGGAGAGCCAGCGUCGCUCUUAGGCCACCUUGGUCCAGCAACAGCGAAGAGCUUCCUUAGCAUGCUCUCUGACCUCGGAAGACCACUCAACGUCAAGUCAACUGAAACCGAUAUCUGGCAUCUUCUGUCCGCAGUCGUCAGCAACAAGCAGCAGUGGUUUGCCAUCUACCUACUUACUGGAACCACUCCAAGAGAUACUCUGAAGAGAAAGGAAGCCGAGGGGUCACCAGAAGCGCGCGGCACAUCGCUUCUUACAUAUGCGUUAGACCAGCUCAGCAACCUUGAACAGCUUGAGCCGCGACUUGCGACAGGGAUGCUCGAGUUUGUCGCGCUAGGACUGGAUCACUGGCCUUGGACUAUGAACCAUAUCCGCUUGCAUCCUCAGUUCCUCACGAGCCUGAUGGACUUUUUGGGUGAUCUGGAAGAUGAUGGACAUUCGUCAGUCGAGCAGAGCGUCGACAAGGCUCACCAGAACCACAAGGCUUCGCUCAUUGCCAGUAUACUUGCGAUGUACCUGCACAAUGCACGUCAGAUCGGCGACAUCUCCAUUGCCAAGAAGCUUGUGCCGAAGCUGAGCUAUAUGUCCGCCCGUGGUAUCUCUGUUCCCGAAUACAACUCUUCACUGCACGGGAAUCUGAAGAAGAACUUUGAGACUAAAUUCCCUGGCUGUCGUCUUGCUAACUUCAAACACAGCUCACUUGCCAGAAUGGGCUUUGGUAGGAACUACUACUACAACAUCGCAUUUGCUUCAGAGCUUCUUGGCCACGAUCGAGCUUGGUCGAACGGCCGGAGUCAGGGAUUUGAAGAAGAGUUUUUUCGGGCGAAUGUCAACCUUUCCCUCGUCGAAUCUCAAGUGCUCUUGCUCAAAAGCUGGAAAGCGCUUGCAAGUGAGUUGAGCACCAUCGUUUCGGAAGUCCCCGAGCUCUCCAAGAUUUUAGCCAAAGUGGUCGGAGAUUGCCUCAAGGCUAACACCGCAUCGAACCUUCCUGAGUCGCUUUUCGAUCGACUAAUCUACACGCGACUGGACUUGGCCUUUGUACUGUUGCAGAAGCUCGUAACCGUAAAGUCAACGGAGGACGAGACCAAAGCGAUCCUUCCUAUCGCCUGGGAGACUAUGCGGAAGUCUGGCCAGGACUUUGAGAUUGCCUUUGUUGGAGAAAACGCUGAUUAUUACCGCGCUCUUACCAAGAUCCUGUUCCUCUCUCUCCAACCGCAUAUUUCAGACUCACCUCCAUUCAUGGGCAGCGACUCUACAAGAUCUACCAGGACCAAACCGAGCGCAAAUGGUUCCCCCUCCAUCGUGCCAAUGUUACUAGAAAUUCUCAGCAAAGUAGUCGCCCAAGGCUUCCGCUCCCUCGCAACUCAAGUCCACGAAGACUCCCGGAGCUGCUCGCCCUCCGACUUCGUCCUCCUCACCGCACUCCUUCAAUCCAUCCUCCGAGUCCCAGGCAUGCGAACUUUCCACUCCCAGAUCGCACUCCAGUUCUCCGCAACCAACACCAGCCGCUACGCGACAAGCCUCUUCUCCUGGUCGGACCAGCUUGCCAUCGACCGCGACCCCAUCUACGGCGAACUGAGCAUCCUGUUCCUCCUUGAGCUCUCCAGCAUGGAAGUCAUGGCCGAGAACCUCGCUGUUGAUGGCGUGUUGGCGCAGCUUAGCACCGCGAACCUCGUUAAGUACUUCCAGCGGCCGAAUGGCAUGGGUCCCUUCGAUGAACCGGCGCGCCUCUUCUCGAUCUGGACGCGUGGUGUAUUGCCUCUCUGCCUGAACCUGUUACUCGCCGUGCAAGUCCCCGUCGCGGCCGAAGUCGCGGCAUUCCUGAACCAGUUCCCAAACCAGCUGGCACGCGCAGCCGCAGACCUGAGCGGCAAACCCCCUCCCUCAAGAAAGGGUUCUCACACGGGUCACAUCACGCUGGGCCUAGCAUCCGAGACGCACUCGCUCGCGCUGAUCGCGCUGGUGAUUGAGCAGAUGCGCGCCGCGCCUGGCGUAGCGGCGGGGGAAAUCCUACAGUUAAGAUGGGAUAAGGCGGGUGUGAAGGAGGAUGUGGAGGGGUGGCUGCAGGGGAGACGAGGACUGAGAGAUAGGAUCACGCCGACGAAUGAGCGAGAGGUGGAACUACAGAGGAUGAGGCCUGUGGAUGAGAAGGCGAUGGCGGAGAAUAGGCUUGAGGAGAGGGUUGUGGUGGAGCUGCUGGGGGCGCUGGAGUGUUUAAAUGGGGGAAACGGUGGGGUGUGA